UGAACAAUGGUGGCCGAUCGCAAAGAUCUCUGGUGAAGAAGACUUCUCUAGAGGUGGACAAAGCUCUCAUAAAUUUGAAUCUUAUUGGCACGAUCUCCUUGACCAAAGCAGUUCUUCCACACAUGAUAGAGCGCCUUUACGGACAAAUUGUGAUAGUCAGCAGUGUUCUGGGAAAGUUUGGAUGGCCUUAUGGAGCUGCAUAUUGUGCCAGUAAACACGCGUUGCAGGGCUACUUUGACAGUGCGCGGAUCGAGUUGACACAGCACAACAUCCAAGUUCAGACUGUUCUUCCGGGACCAGUGAAGUCAAACAUUACUCGUCAUGCUUUCACAGAGGACGUCAACGUUCAAUUUAAAGAGACAUCGAAUUACCAAGAAAUCCAGGCUAGAAAAAUGCCUACUGAACGUUGUGCAAAGCUGAUGUUGGUGGGAAUGGCGAACAAUUUGGACGAACUAUGGAUUUCAGAAAACCCGAUGCUACUUAUGACAUAUGCCAACCAGUACUUUCCAACUGUCUUCAGAUGGUUUUCUAAUGAAUUCUUGCUGGAGCGAAUUACGAAAUUGUACAUGAAGGAGAAUUAAGCCUGGAAUAGGAACGAAACAAAUGGUGCCAACGGUCAGGAAAGACGUCGUUUGAAAGUGGAAGAUAUGUAAUAUGCUCUGUCGCGCCGUGGGGAUACGCGGGUACUUUCAGAGCCCGUGUCUGCAUCCUGUUACACUUUGAACUUAGUGUCCACGCCCUAUUAGCGGUUUCUUACUCACGACACUUAGGCUGUUCUUGCGCAAAUCAAACUUUGUUUUAAUCAGCAGAUCGGAGGAUUAUAUCUUCUCUCGCUGGUUAGACAAAAAACUCUCUCUUUCAUUUUUACUUGUGCUUCUCGCAUCUUUCCAUCAAACAUUAGGCAGGGAUCUAUGAUCCACUUGGAAUUUAUUUUCGAUCACGGUACUUGCAACCCAUCUAGAUUUUUAAUUGCCGGACAAAGACGAUAUUUCUGCUUACAGUGGGCUAAGACAGUUUCCAAAGUCUGGUAAAAGGUACAUCUCCGAAAAUAUGACGAAAUUGACAUGGGCAGUUUGCAUUUCUUUUCUCGUUUUCAGAUCAGGCGUUUUCUUUGUUUCUAGACUGCAAAACAUUUUUCCGUGGUUUCCUUAAGCCUCUGAAUAAAGUAAGAAGUGAUCAGCAAUCA